AUGAGUCACCUCUCACAUUAUGCUGCUUCACCCGCGGCGCAUACAGACUCGGACAUAUUCAUACCUCCUUUGAGUACGGACCCGGCUAUCGAAUUAGCAGGGACUCCUCCAACAUAUACCAAAUCUCUCGGUCCGGAGACUUCACUCGCUGGGGAGCCACUCAACGACGCGAGUUUCGCGUUGAACGCUAACGACAUGGAAGGCAAGUGGUACGGACCGAUUCCCAUGGGGUAUUGGGAUAAAUAUUUUCGUCCCCGCAAGACCAACUUCACAUGCACGCCCAACGAUAUUUCAUUCGCGGAUGUGUCAACCACCACUGAGGGCGAAACUGCAUUCGCUCGUGCUAUCCAGGCGAGCACGGUGCUUGCGGCACACGGAAUCUACUGCAAGGACACCCACAAACUCUUCGGCCGCGAUCAGACUAUGCAUCCCCGCAUUAACCUCAAGUUUGCCCCCGAUAUCUCCUUCUUGGACGUCGACAUGGAGAUGACCGCCGCCGACGAAGAGCGCCUUGAGCGAGUGCUUGGUUGUACACUCUGCUUCGGCGAUUUGAAAAGCAAGAACGGCCACGACCCUUGCUUGCACAUCACUUCUGCCGAAGAUCGCAACAAGUUGAUACAGCGAGCCGGCGAGGUCUUCGACAGCCAUCUGUCUUUCCAUACUCGCGGCCAACUCAUCAGCUACGCCCGCGCGAUCUGUGCGAAUAGCCAUCGCACACACUUAUACGGCUUCGUCAUCCUGCCCGACUACGCGCGACUACUCUUUUUUGACCAGAGUGGAGUCUGCUUUUCUGAGCUUUUUGAUUGGCGCGCGACCUCGUACCUCUCAGACUUCCUCCAAUACUUUGCUGCUGCCAACGACAUUGAGCGCGGCAUUGAUACCUCAGUCGAGAAAAUCAGCAUAAACGACACCCUCGUAGCUGAUGCGCGCGCGAUCUUCAAAGAGGGGGAGGCAAACGACACCCUCCCGGACGGCAUCGACUUCGAGUCUGUCUUCAAGACCCUUCAUUCCGAACGCGCGACAUACUGGCUAUGCAACGUGUACGAUGAUCACUCGAACAUCUUUCACCGCGUCUUAACGUAUCGGGUUCACACGUCCACCCCCUACUUUGCCGGACGCGCGUCGCGCGGUUUCGUCGCCGUUGACAUCGAUCGGCGCGCUGUGAUCUAUAUGAAACGCAGCUGGCGUAUCAAUCUGCCUGGGUUUCCCAAGGAGCGUGACACGUACCGCGAAUUCGAGGAAGCAGGUGUCCCUCACCUUCCCGAUUGUUACUUCGGAGGGGAUGUACCGCGUCACUCAGGCACACUCGCGAAGGAGUACUUUGAGUGGAAGCAAACGGCGUCGAAAGGCUCUAGCUGGGCACCACUCGGGGGUCAGAUAGUCGAUUUCGCGAGCACGAGGGUCUCUACGUUCAUCGAUCGGCAUGGCCGCGAGCAUGCUCUGAAAGACGCUAGGCGCGGUGCUACUAUGAGAACCGAUCUGACCGAUGAGGACAUCGAGAUGCUCCCUCAUGUCUUGACGGUAACCCUCUUCGGAAAAGUUGGGUGCCGCGUGAAAGAUUUCAAGUCCUUGCGCCAGUUCUGUGUUGCAUUCAUGCAUGCGCUCGAAACACAUGAAGCUGCAUAUCGGCUGAAACAUAUCCUACACCGCGACGUCAGCUCCAGCAAUGUUCUCAUCUAUAAGGUCCCUGGAAGUGGAGGCGAGAUUGAAGGCCUGUUGAUUGAUUGGGACCUGUGUGCGAACGUAGAUGGUCGCGGGGCUCGACGUAAAGGGCGUACGGGUACUUGGGAGUUCAUGUCCGCUCGAAUGCUCAUGGAUCCCAAAGGAUGCGUGCACGGUGUGCGCGACGACCUUGAAUCGUUCUUCUAUCUGCUAUAUCAUCACGUCUUGCGAUACCGUCACACGGUCCCUGUUUCUAAAAAGGCACAACUUUAUGGAGCUUUACGCGAUAUCUUCACUCGCGUGAAUACCACGGGCUCGGGAUCUACCGGUGGCUCUCACAAGCUCGGCCUUUUUCAAGGUGUCUACCCAAUCAUCGAUGAAGCUUUGGAUUCUGCCACAAUACCGACGCGCCUCCGACAACUCAUGAGGGAAACCAGAUUCCUGUUCCAGCAAAUCUACGCUCCAAAACCACCAACGGAAGACGGAUUGAUUCCAUACGACACGAGCCAGCAGCGCGCCGUUGCGCACAAGGAUAGUGUUGCCAAAGCCGUGGCCGAGUGUACGCAUGAGCAUGUGCUGAUAUAUAUCCGCCAUGUGCUGAGGCCUGACUACCUCGACUGGGAAAACGAUGGGCCCGCUGAAGAUCAAUAUCCUCUGCCUGUUAGAGUGGACUUUGAACGAGGGAAAAGCCUUGAUCGUCAUUACGCUGAGUCGGACACCGGGAUCAGCAGCAUUCACAGCUCGUCGUCACUUCGAGGUGGUAUGAGUGUGAAGCGCAAGGCCAGCUCGCUGUCCUAUUACAGUUCGGGUACAGGAUCUGGGUACCGCUCAGAGGGCAAUGAGUCCAAGAGGAUACACCUUGAUAGAGAGGGACCUCCUACCCCGCCCAGUGAUGAUGGUGAGGCCGCUUCCGAGGGACGUCAUGCUAGUGAAUCGGGCUCAUUUGACUCUCGAGAGUUACCGGACGGUCAAUGA